AUGACCAAAUAUUCUAACAGCGCCAAAAGCUUCCAGCGGAGCUUUUUGAAACUGAUUCCACCUGAUUUCUUUCUUCUGCAAGAUCCGGAGAAAUCUGCCCGGAAUUCCCCUUUUAGCUGUGAUACAGAGUUCCAGGAAAAGCAGGAAGCCUUGGAGUACGCAUAUCCUGAACAUUGGCAAGUGGGGCAGCAGCUGAGUGAACGAAUUGAGGGUUCGGUGUCCUUUCUGCGUGAGAUUGAUUCAUUUCUGAAGGAUCACGGAGCUGAGAGAACACCUGGAAAGCAAUCGGAGAAGUCUAUAAUCAAUCUCAGUGACAUUUCAAUGGGAGAUCUUCAACCCCUGGGCAGGAGUGGAGAUUUUGAGACUAUGCCGAGGGGGGAUUUGCAGCAUGAGAAGGCACACACAAUGCACUGCAGAGGCACACAGAAUCAAUGGGCAAAUGACGACGUGAAGGAGAUUACGAAGAAGCAGAUGGAACAGCCUGGAGAGUUGAGCAACUUCUGCGUGAAUUCCUUGUGCACACAAAAGAGAAGAAAUUCCUCUGCGAUGUAUGUGGAUUCAGCAAGGGGCGCAUGA